AUGGGAAGAUUAGUUCGCCUCGUAAUAGGGUUGUGGACUAAAUCAGUGGCCGGCGUGUGGACCUUCGAUGAGACCCCUAAUUCUCAAGGCGAAGCGGUGAUAAUCCACAAAAUCGAAACAAUCGACUGUCUAGUGGAGAUGAUCCGUAUAACCCUCAACCUUGGCAUACUAACUCCCGUUGCUCUAACCUACCAACUCCCGGAAUGGAUGCUCCUUCCAGAAGGACCAACAACAGCUCCAAUCACUUUAAUUACCGACAAAGACGUCGAACUGAUGUCCAGUGUGAUCGAUUACAUGGCAGAUCCAUUGAUUUAUGUGACAAGUGGUCCUGAACUUGUCGCAAAAUACCAGUUCUUCUGUAGAACCCCCUUCUCUAUUGAUGACAAAACUUACCUUCAAGAGGGAAUAACAGAAGAAGAACAUUGUCAAGCUAUAAUUGACUUGGUUGGUGGACACCCCAUCGCAUGUAGCAAACAUAUGUUGGAGAUCAUGUUUAACGAACCCCCAUUGCUACUGGUCUUCCGUGUUGCUCUGGAGAUAGAGAUGGUAUAUGGUCUAGAGAACGAGAACGAUGACACUGAUGAAGGGCGUCAAGAUAACCAUUUAACCGGUGAUGACAUUAUGUCAUUGGAGGGUGCUGUUUCCUUGUCUCCAGAUCAACUAAACAACUUUAAUGACAAUUCUCAUGUGCUGUACGGUGAACCGGUCACUGUUGAGGAGCUUCAGAACACCCUCCCAAAUUUCGAAUCAGCGGUUAUGGUUCAUCAAGCCGCAACAUUGGGAGUUGAACCUAUGAACUUGUGGGAGGACGCCGAAGACGAGGAAGCUUACUGGGAUGACAUGAUAGAGGACGGUAGAUCAUAUGAGGUUUACGUUGCAGCAUCUCCAGACCCUACCGAGGAAGUCAUAGGACUUCCCCUCUCUCAAAAUCGGAGGGUGUGUGCUCCACAAUGUCCGACUAUCAUUUUUAUCGACGAUGAUAGCGAAAGCUCCUACACUGGCUCCUAUGAUAGUUUCAACAAUAUGGAAAACCGAACUGCGGUACCUCCCCCAGUUGCUCAAGUUCCGGAUUCUAUACUCCCUCCCAACAAUGCGGAAAAUGGGAUAACAGUUGUUGUUAGUGAAUGCUCGGCAGAGGUUGUUGUACCUAACAAUGUCAACAAUGUAGAACUGCAUAGCGGUCGGACUCCAAGUACAAAUGCAGCAUUUCCUGAAAUUUCACUUGAUCUCACCCUUAGGAUCGGACUUGGGAACAACAGGGCUGAACCGGAACCUAGCAUCGAAAAUCAAGACUCCUCUUCCGAAGCCGAUGAUGGUAGCGGUGGGUUUGGUCCCCUAUUUUAA